AUGAGUUCAACUGAAUCGAAACGCGACUUGAUCAUUGUAUCAAACAGAUUGCCGUUGUCAAUCAAACGUGUCGAUGGCGGAUAUCAAUCGUCGAUUUCGAGUGGCGGGCUGGUCACAGCCUUGUCGGGGUUGACAAAGUCCACCCAAUUUCGUUGGUUUGGCUGGCCCGGUAUUGAAGUCAAAGACAGUGAGGAGAGGGAGCAAGUAUCAAAGAGUUUGGGUGAACAUGAUGCGACGCCAAUCUUCUUGGAUCAAGGGUUGGCGCACGAACAUUACAACAUGUUCUCCAAUCGAAUCCUGUGGCCCAUCCUCCAUUAUCAGUCAGGCGUGAUUUAUGAAGAUGGUCCCUGGCAGGCUUAUCGAAGGGUCAACGAAUUGUUCGCCGAUGCCGUCGCCGACGCAGCAGAAUCAGGAAGCUUGAUAUGGGUGCACGAUUAUCAUUUGAUGUUGUUGCCACAGCUUCUCCGCGAUCGUCUCCAAAUGAAGAACAAAAGUUGUGCUAUCGGCUUUUUCCUCCACACUCCAUUCCCAGCCAGUGACUUUUGGCGAGCUUUGCCGGUCAAGAAUGACUUGAUUGAGGGAUUGUUGUCCAGCGACUUGAUCGGAUUCCAUACGGACGAGUAUAAGCAGAAUUUCAUCGAAACCUGUGCCAGUAACCUUGGAGCACGUACCGAGAUUCCAAACCAGAUCCAAUACAAGAAUCGGUUGAUCUGUGCAGGUAGGUUCAUUGUGGGUAUCGACCCCCAGAAAUUCGCAGACACCCUGCAAAAAGAAGAAGUCCAGGAUCGUAUUCGGACUCUUGAAGAAAGAUACAAGGGUAUGAAGAUCAUCGUGGGAGUCGAUCGUCUCGACUAUAUCAAAGGCUUGACCCAAAAGCUGAAAGGAUUUGACUCCUUCUUGGAGAACUAUCCAGAGCUGCGGAACAAGGUUAUUCUCAUCCAGGUUGCCGUUCCAAGUCGCGAAGACGUCAAAGAGUAUCAAGAUCUAGAAACAGAACUUAGUACAUUGGCUGGAAAGAUCAACGGAAAGCAUGCCACCCCCGAGGGAGCACCGCUGUUGUACAUGCAUCGAUCUGUGUCUUUCACAGAGCUGACUGCACUGUAUUCCGUGGCUGAUGUUUGUCUGCUCACAUCAACGCGGGAUGGCAUGAACCUCGUUUCAUUCGAGUACGUGGCCUGUCAGGACAAGAAGAAGGGCGUACUUGUACUCUCUGAAUUCGCGGGAUCAGCAACAUUCAUGAGAGAUGGAAGUAUUCCUUUUCAUCCAGCAAACACGACUGAGAUGUCAGAAGCUCUAUAUGCAGCUCUGAACUUGGAUUUCGAAGAGCGUCAGCGGAAACAUCGGCUUCUGAUGGAGUUUGUGAGUACACAUACCAGUGCGAAAUGGGGUCAAAGCUUUACGGAGAAGUUGGCACAGCGCUGCCGCCAGCCGAAGCAGCCAUGUUGA